AUGUCUUUAGAGGACAAGAAAAACUUUGUGUACGCCCAGGAGGAGCCCCUCGAGGGCCGCGACGUGGGCCACUCAUCCUACGAAACAGGUUCCGGCGAAAUCACGGACUCUAAGCCAACAUCUUCUGGUUCCCGCUGGCAGGACUUUGUAGACGGCUUCAAACGUGUUGAGCUGGGAGACCUGGAUCCCAACCUGACUCAAGCCGAGAAAGUUGCGAUCGCGACCGCGCGUUCGCCUUUGCAGCGCCACUUGAAGAACCGUCACUUGCAAAUGAUCGCCAUCGGCGGUGCUAUCGGUACGGGUCUGUUUGUCGGGUCUGGUUCAGCCCUGAGAACUGGUGGCCCUGCAGCUGUACUGAUCGGCUGGGGUCUGAUUGGUCUCAUGAUUUACAGUGUGGUGAUGGCCAUGGGUGAGCUUGCCGUUACCUUUCCAGUGGCCGGUGGUUUCACCACGUACAUUCCACGUUUCGUCGACGACUCUUUUGGUUUCGCUAUUAACUACAUUUACAUGUUGCAAUGGCUGGUGGUCUUGCCUUUGGAAAUUGUUGCUGCAUCUAUUACUGUCAACUACUGGGGAACUCCUGCCAAGUAUAGAGACGGUUUUGUCGCCUUGUUUUACGUCGUGAUUGUCAUCAUCAAUAUGUUUGGUGUCAAGGGAUAUGGUGAGGCCGAGUUUGUCUUUUCCAUCAUCAAGGUCACUACCGUCGUUGGCUUUAUUAUCCUCGGUAUCGUGCUUAUCUGCGGCGGCGGGCCCGUCGGCGGUUACGUUGGGGGUAAGUACUGGCACAACCCUGGUGCCUUCAAUGGUGACAAUGCUGGUCAGCGUUUUAAGGCCGUGUGUUCUGUUUUCGUUACCGCUGCAUUUUCCUUUGCUGGGACGGAGCUCGUCGGUCUUGCUGCUGCCGAGACCGAAAACCCAAGAAAGGCCCUUCCACGUGCUGCUAAGCAAGUUUUCUGGAGAAUCACUCUGUUUUACAUCAUCUCUUUGUGUUUGAUUGGUCUCCUGGUUCCUUACACCUCAGAAAACCUGAUCGGAAGUUCUUCUGUUGACGCUGCUGCUUCUCCUUUUGUUUUGGCUAUCAAGACCCACGGUAUCUCUGGACUACCCAGUGUUAUUAACGUGGUUAUCCUGAUUUCUGUUCUUUCCGUCGGUAACUCUUCUGUUUACGCUUGUUCCAGAACUCUGUCCGCACUUGCCGACCAGGGAUUCCUGCCUCAAAUCUUUUCCUACAUUGACAGAAAGGGUAGACCGCUAGUCGGCAUCCUUGCAACCUGCACCUUCGGACUUUUGUGCUUCAUUGCUCAAUCUAAGAAGGAGGGAGAUGUCUUUAACUGGCUUAUGGCGUUGUCAGGUUUGUCCUCUCUGUUCACCUGGGGUUUUAUCUGUAUUUGCCACCUAAGAUUCAGGAGAGCCCUCGCCGCUCAAGGCAGAUCUACAGAUGAGCUGGCAUUUACUUCUUAUGUUGGCGUUUGGGGUUCUUACUUUGGUGUGAUCCUGAUUUGUUUGGUUUUCAUUGCCCAAUUUUGGAUUGCUGUGUGGCCAAUGGGAGGGACACCUAACGCGUCUGACUUUUUCCAAGCCUACUUAUCGGUAGUGGUCGUGCUCUUCUUCUACCUGGCCCACAAGCUUUACACCAGGAACUGGACUUUUGCUAAGAGAGCCAAAGACAUUGACAUUGACACCGGUAGAAGAGAAUUGGAUCUUGAUGCUCUCAAGCAGGAAAUUGCCGAAGAAAAGCUUCGCUUGUCUACUAAGCCCUGGUGGUACAGAGUUUAUCACUUGUGGUGUUAA